AUGUCCACGUAUGUUAUUCCCCCUGCACCUUGCCUCAUUCACACAAGCCCUGCUAACACGGUAACCCCCAGUCUGGCAGCGGACAUGUCGUUUGACUUCAUCUUCCCCUCGUGCGAGCCGUCAACGCCGCCGAGCUUCUCGUUCGAUCCCUCCCUCCUCGACCUUCCCUACCAUCACAACCCGGGCCACAACCGCUCCCGUUCCAAUGGCUCCGUCUACUCCUUCGUCUCCACUGCCGAGUCCACCCCGGAUUCCGUGAGCACCCGCAUGACAACACCUUCCCGUGCCUCGCCUCCCAUCCGCCAGCACGGUCCCCUCCUGCUCCCCAAGAUCCGCUCCCAGGACCAAGCCAUCGAGUCGCCGCCGAAGCGCAUCAGGACUUCGCCCAAGACCCGUGUGGCGGCUACCAGACGGACCAGCCCCUCCGCCCCGACCUCCAACGCCGCCUUCCGCCCGGCUCACUCCCGUAGCUUUACCAACCCGGAGACCAUCACUUGGAACAUGCCUUCCUCCUUCUGCAGCCAGCCCGACAACCAAUCCACCUCCUCUCUGCUUUGCUCGCCAGUCAUCUUCGCCGAUGAUAUGCAAGCCCGCCGUGCAUCCACCUGCAGCCUUGACGGUUCGGCCCUAGAGAAGUUUGGCUUCCCGACCUACCGCCAAAUGCCCUCAUACGUACCCUCGGCGGCACCUCAGCCCACCACAGAUGCGUACAUGUUCCCUUCUUACACCGUACGCGCGCCAUCUCCCCUCAGCCUGUCCACCACGGCCACCCCGGACCCGACUCCCAGCACGACGCUCCUGACAUACCUCACCGAGUCCAAUCCGGCUCCCUCUCUGGUGCGCACAAUUUCCUUCCCUCUUCGGGACCCCAACACCAAGCACUUCUGGUGGGACGUCCGUCAAAUCCGCCCCUGGUCCACUUUCAACGCCUCGUCGGUCCUCUCCCUCCCCGGUGCUGCCGCUCUUCUCAACUGCCCCGUCCCGGCGCCCCUCCUCCCCACUCCAGCCCAGACGGCUCGCCACCCAGAGACCGAGGCAGCUCUGCACAGCAUCUACGCCUCGCAUUACCUUCCAAAGCUGAAUGCCGCGCUCGCCGUCUCUUCCAACCGGCCGAUGCAGCUCUCCGUUCCCGCAACGUCGGCCAACGCCAAGCACUCCGACCUCCUCUUCACGGCCUCCCCAGCCGGCGAGCCCGCUUCCGCGGCACAGAUCUUCGGGGGCAAGCCUACGGCCCGCGUCGUCGGUCUCGUCCGCUCAUUCGACCGUUUUAACACGGGCAUGCGCGUCGAGGGCAACAUCAAGCGCGUCGAGUACCUCCGCGGCCUCGCCGCCCUGCACCACGCCAUGCGCGAGCACUCAUGCCGCUACGGUUUCAUCCUCACCGAGAUCGAGCUCGUCAUCGUCCGUAACGGACCCGAGACGGUGCCCAACUUUGGCUUCCUCGAGGUCACGUCGGUGCAGCUCGGCGCCGUUGCCGACGACGCCGAUUGCGAGUUCGGCGAGAUCCCCCUGACGGCUUGCCUCGCGCUCUGGGGCCUGUGCAUGAUGGCCGGCGACGACGCGCCGCAGGGACCCCCCGCUCGCGUCGCGCACUGGAAAACGGAGAUCGGAGCGCCCGCCGAAGGGACGAGGCGCAAGGCGCUGCCGCGGGACGACUGGAUGCCCAAGCCGCAGCUGGCGGAGAAGAGGGAGGCCAAGAGAGCGAGGGGGUGGAUCAUGCCCGAGGACCCCGUCGGUAGGAAGGAGUUGGGCAAGAGGGGUGUGCGCUACGGCGCUUGCUGA